ACACGCCUUCUUCUUGUUGUUUUCAGCCGGCAUCGGCAACUCCCCGCAGAGGCAGCUUUUUGUGCAGCUUUUUGUGCAAGUUAACAUUUAAUGUAAUUGAAAGAAAACCUAAUUUUUAUUAUUAGUUUAGUGUACAGUGAAACAAAAGCAGUUAGCGAAUUCAGUUGAAAAAGUAAAACAACGUGCUUGCGUUCGUGUGGAUGGCACAAUAAAGCGGACAGUUGCUGACAAAUUGUUUGCUUCCUGUGGAUUGUGGUCGACGCCUUCUUCUCGCUGCGGUACAGCACCUUCAGUGGUGGCAAGUGUCAUGAUGCGGUACGGCCCCCCAGUGCCGGUCGUUGCCCUUGCGCUGGUCGCUGCCAGCGCGCUAAUUGCCCCGACCGUCGCCUGGACCGCACGGGGCUGCGUCGAUCUCGACUCGUCCACGUUCGAUCUCGUGACGCGCAAGUUCCGGUACAGUAUCGUCAAGUUCGAUACCGCCUUCCCGUACGGCGACAAGCACGAGGCGUUUACCGGGCUCGCGCUCGAAACGGUCGGCACGACGGACGAGCUGCUGUUUGCGCUGGUCGGCAUCAAGGACUACGGCGAGCAGGACAAUGCCGACCUGGGCCGGCGGUUCGCCAUCCCGAAGGAGUACCCGGUGAUCAAGCUGUUCCACGGGGACGGUACGCCGCCGAUCGAUUUCGACCCGGCCGACGGCGAGGUGACGGGCGACAGCUUGCGCAAAUUUCUCAAGCGCCACACGCAGCUGUACAUCGGGCUGCCGGGGUGUACCGAGCGGCUGGACCGGCUGGCCCAGUCGUUCGUGGGCACGGCGGAGCCGGCGGAAUGGCGCACUCUGAUCGAGCAGGUCGAGCGGGCCGAGCGGGCAGAGCCGGACGCGGCCAGCCGAGCGCCCUACCCGAUGUAUCUGUCGCUGAUGCGCAAGAUCGUGAAAGAGGCGGACGGGGGGCGGCGGACAGCCGGCGAGGUGGUGGCCGACGAGAUGAAGCGUGUCGAGAAGCUGCUGGCCGGGAAGCUGAGCGACGCGAAGCGGGCGGAGCUGAAGCUGCGCCUGAACGUGAUGCUGUCGUUCGGCGGGUCGUCGAGCGGCAAACCCGAACGGGCGGAGCUGUAGAACGAAUAAAGGCUGCACGUGCGCCCGUGCGCAUCUGCGUUCGAGAAACGUAACGGGAACACAACGGAUUGUGUGGUUUGUCAGUUGAGAAUCGAUUCGUUUGGGGAGGGAAAGGUUGAAAAGUGUCCCUUUUGGCUUUAUUGCAGAGCUAAAGUUUUUCUUGGUCGGGAAAUUUGUUGCAAAAAUCAGUCAAACAUGAAAAAUAUGGUUAAUUUCUACCUCCCAGUAUGAUUGGUUGGUACACGGAGAGAGUCGGAGGAGCUGCUUGGCACUGUGUUAGCAUCCGCCUUGUCGGAUGCGAAUUAUUCUGGGCAGCCAACCUAACCACAUAAGCAACAUAGAAAACAAAAAAACAAAAAGAAAAAGAAACCCUCUAAGUACUUAUCAUGAGAUCGCAAAAUUUCAACUACAAUUAACACAACCCUGUAGGGAGGGAUCUCGAAAAAGAGGAGCUAAUGUUUCACACACGCCGUUCUUGUUAGCACCCCCUUCAUCUUGCACCGGCAGCGGGCAAUGGACGGAUGGGCACGGCCAGCCACGCUCUGCGGCGUACGCCUAUUGCCUCGCUCGCUCCCCGCAGCAUGAUUUCUCCUUUCGCCGGUGCGGCCACAUGCAAGCAAACAUUCCUUACCGUCGCGAGCGCGAUGUGAGGUGAGAAUCGCUGGAAGCCGAACCGAUGGCCGAAGAAGCGGUGCAUGAGAAGAAAGCAAAACUAUGCUGCCAAUGCAAAACCGUUCCGGAAAGGAAGCGAAAGACAAGUGCUUGCGCGAGAAGAGAAAAAACUUCCAUCCGGAGAAAAAAAAAAGAGAGAGAGAGAGAGAGAGAGAGAGAGAGAAGAAAGAGCAAAAAAA